AUGAACGAAAGUUUUCUCACGUAUUACGUCGAAGAUAUGUCAAGCGAUCGGAUCGAGUAUACAAACUUCGUGGAUGCUGUUCGAAAGAUCGUCAGUGCAACCCAACCGUAUAUCAUGACUCUCAUCUACGUCACUUAUCCACGGAAGCAAAACGAACAAGGAACUUCUUUGAUGGUAUCUCGAUUGCUGCAAACACUACCUUUAGACGUGAAAUAUCGCGUUCAGGAUUUUGACAAUUUAAAACCCGUUGGAGUGAAUUUUGUUCAAAUUCGACCUCGUUUCUUCAAUGUAAUUUUUUUGAACAACUAUCAGGAGUUUAUGAAGGAACUUUUGCCGCAUUUUCAGAAAAAUGUUUUUGAUCAUCGCGGCUUUUACAUCGUUGUCUUACCGGAUACUACAAAAUGGCAUCCUAAAGAUAUUCAACAUUUGAUGGAAGCAUUUUGGCGAUUGUAUGUUGUCAACUUGAAUAUUCUGCUGCAAGAUGUAGAAGGAGCGAUUUUAAGUAUGACUUAUUUUCCAUUUGGAGCGGGAUAUUGUGAAAAAGUGAAACCUGUGGUAUGGAAUAAGUACAUAAACGGAAAUUUUACGAGUUUGAAUCAUUUUCCACGAAAAUUAAGAAAUUUUUAUGGAUGUCCCUUGCUUGUUGGUGCCACAAAUGGAGCGCCUUUCCUUGAAUAUGUGAACGAAACUUUUGUAUCGGGCAUCGAAGGCAUAAUUCUUCGCACAUUAUCGAAUAGUGUCUUAAAUUUCACUUCAAAAUUCAUUCAAACUGAUCGUACGGAACGUCAAGGGAUCAUUUAUCCAAACGGCACAAUAUCAGGAGGAGGUCUUGCAAUGCUCAGAGAUAGAAAAGUCAACUUUACCAUUGGUUUUUACGGGAUUCGAGCGGAUUAUUUGCAAAAAUUUGACUUGACUGUGGCAAUUUAUGCGACGAAACUUCAAUUUUUCGCCACAAUUGAAGGCACUCGACAGAAUUCCGUUGAAUAUAUUUGGAUGGCAUUUCAAAAUAACGUUUGGUUAUGCAUUGGAGUCUCAUUAAGUAUAGGAUUUGUUGUCAUUUGGAUCCUACAAAUACGUUCAAAGGUCGAAAAAGACUUCGUAAUUGGUAAUAACAUCGAUUCGCCGACUUUGAAUAUGGUAGCUAUUACUUUUGGCAAUCCCGUGAACCAACUUCCGGAGAAAAAUUUCGCAAGAACUCUUGUAACAUUGUUUUUUCUCUUUACCUAUGUCCUUCGCACGGGAUUUCUUGGAUCUUUGUAUGAAGUUGCUCAACGUGAAACUGAAUAUGUUACGUCAUUUCAAGAGAUGUUGGAUCAAAAUUUUACCUUUUACGCUGCGGGAAUCACAAAAUACUACAUUGACUCUGUGGAUGCACUCAAAGGAAGAGUCAAGUAUGCCGUUCCGAACGAAAAUACGUUUAAUCGUGUCACGGAAGCAACUCUCGUGCCCGGAAGUAAAGAAACCGCGUUGACAAGUCAGUAUGUCAUUUAUCAUCUGAAUCGUAUGGGAAAGCGAAAGCAUCUGUUGAAACCCAUAAAAGAUGAUUUGGCGCUCGCAACUCUUGGAAUCUGCUUGCAAAAACAAAGUUUGUUGACACGAAUUUUCAAUGAUUAUAUCUUGCAGUUUUCCGCACAUGGAUUAACUUCUUUCAGCAUGAAGGCGUAUUAUCCGAGAGAUUAUUUGACAAAUGUUAAAAACGCGCACGAGCCUAAACAGACAACGUUGAGUGAUGUUUGGGGGAUUUUUCAGUUGUUGAUUUUCGGAUGGAUUGUCUCGACGAUCGCUUUUGUUGCAGAAAUUAUUUAUUUAAAGUUUGUUACACGUGUGAAAAUUGAAAUUGUCGAUUAG